AUGCUGAAAAUCCAGAUGCUUGAACAGAUCGUGACGAACGAGAACGUAAUCGACGAUGACGAUCAACGGCAUGGUGGCGGGAACGCGGCCCGAGCGGGAACCUUGUCUCCGGGUGGGCAGCUCCCUGCCGGUUCCACACCCGGCAGUGCCAACCUCAGUCCCAUCGCCACCAAGAGCUCCUCAUCGACCGGUGCGGACGACGAAACACGCAGUCUCAACCGCAACUCACGCUUAUCGCCCCAAGGGCGUCAACAUAUGGGCGGGUGGACGACGGCAGCGGCCAACGCGAAGCAGAAUGGUCUGUCCGCGGCCACGACGGCUCCCAGCAGCAAAAGCGCCACGACCAGCCCAGAUCGGUUGCGAGGCGCAACACACGAUCUGUUCGAGUUGCUCGAACGCGUCCAAUGCUCGCGUCUUGACGAUCAACGCUGCGUGCUUCCGUCGUACUUCACACAGGUGCGUACCGUGAGCACGGGCACGAAAACUCGAAUGGUUUGCAAUAACUCUCGCAGCGCCGAGGAAAGGAUUACGAACCCGCACGCAAACAGCGCCAAUGAGUCGACCAACAACCUUACGGUACAAAUUCCCCAAUCGAUGGGUCCUGGAAACACGCGAUCACUGCUGCGUCACUCGAACAGCAUGUCAUCGAAUCCACACUCGAACUCCAACUCGACACCGGCCUCGCCCCAUCUGCUAUCGAACAGCUCGAGUGUGCAUCUGCACCACAGCAACGGUGCCGGAAGCCUGCAUCAUCAUCAGCAGCAACACCCGCAGUACCAAUCGCAGUCAUCCGUGAGCUCGCAGUCGUCCUCGAUCAUCUCGACCGUCCCACCAGUGCAGCGGUUGUUGGAAGAGGUCCUUGGUAAACCAGCACCUCAUCCGAUGAUCGUCGUCCCGAACAGUGGCGGAUACUGGGUUGAUGGGACCGAUCACGACGCAUCCUACGAGGUUCCAGCCCAUACGACAUGGCGCGUGGGAAAGAUCGAGUCUGACGACACGGCCAAGUGCUACAGGCGGUUCUUCAUCUCGCGUGAGCACUCUAACCUUGUCGGCUACGAUGAUCAGUUGGGACCGGUACUGCUCUCAAUCAAGUCUGAGAACGUGGCCAACCAGGAUCACAUCCGGAUACUGCUGCGGUUGAGAACAGGAACGAUGCAUGAGCUGAUUCCAGCCUCUUGUCUGGGAAGCACGCCAUCACCCAUCAAGAUGGCUCGGUUGCUGAACGAACAGAUCAAUGUGGACAGCUUUAUGCCGGUGCUUUGCCCAAAGGCGUCCGCAUUGAUCGCCAGCUACGAUGAGCACGUGUUGGUGACGAACUUCAAGUUCGGUGUGUUGUAUCAGCGCUUCGGUCAGACCGCGGAAGAGGAGUUGUUCUGCAACAGCGAGACGACACCGGCGUUCGACGAAUUCUUGGAUGUGUUGGGCCAACGCAUCCGCCUUCGUGAUCACAAAGGCUAUCGUGGAGGAUUGGACAUCCAGAAUGGGCACACCGGCGAUACGGCAGUGUACGAAGUAUUCAAGGAGCGCGAGAUCAUGUUCCACGUCUCGACACUGUUGCCGUACACCGAAGCUGACCCGCAGCAGUUGCAGCGCAAGAGGCACAUCGGCAACGACAUCGUGGCGAUCGUGUUCCAGGAAGAAAACACCCCUUUCUCACCGGCGAUGAUCGCCAGUCAUUUUCUGCACGCAUUCAUCGUAGUGCAGCCAAUCGAGCCUAACACUCCGAGCUGCCGGUACAAGAUCUCGGUGACUGCGCGUGAUGACGUACCGUUCUUUGGUCCUACGCUGCCGCAGCCAUCCGUCUUUAAGAAGGGCCCCGAGUUGAAGGAGUUCCUGCUGACCAAGCUGAUCAACGCCGAAAACGCGUGUUACAAGGCAGAUAAGUUCGCGCAACUCGAGCUUCGUACGCGAUCGUCCUUGUUGCAGAACCUGGUGGAUGAACUGAAGGAAAAAACGCGUGAUUUCCUUGGAGCGGAUGUGAUCGGUGGGGUGACUGGUGUGCCCACGUCACCUACACCGGAAACACCCAAAUCCGAAGGUGGCUUCACAGGCUCGCGGUUCAUCGAUACGGUGAAGAAAGCGUUGAAUGCGCGUCUGCGCUCGCAAAACUCUGAUCCCACCAACAACGGCAGUGGCACCGGAAGUGUCGACUCUGGCAGCAAACAUCACAACUCCAUGAAGAAGUCGAAGGAUGGCAGCAGUCUCGUAUCGGACAUGCCGUGUGGUCCCGGAGGAGCCAUCAAUAUUGGACGUUCGCUCUCGAAAAGCAGCACCACCGGAUCACGCAAAUCCCCGAACGAUUCGGUUGCCUCCUCGCCGGACAUCACCUCCCGAUGUUCCCUUAAUCCUGUUCACACCAACAAUAACAACAGCAACGCGCCAAACAACAACAGCAGCGGUACGGUUGGGAAAAUCCUGCCGAACAGUGGAGCCGGAAACGGAAGUGGCGCUGGUGUUGGCUCGAACAACAACAGCAACAACAACAACAAUGGUCCUGUGGCCAUGUCGGAGACCAGUGACGAUUCCAGUCUGAACAGCGUCGAUCUCGAUCCAAUGGUUUUUCUCCCAACGGUAGAUGCCGGCGCGACGUACAUCGACAGUGACACGGGUCUGGAAUCGAUGUCCUCGGCGGACGCCACAACCAAGGCGUGCUCGCUGUGUCUGGACGGUACGGGUUCCACCAAUGGCGGUGGCAGUGUUGUGAGUGUGAGCAUCAGCGGAGCCAGUGUCACGAUCGAUGGUGGAAAUUGCCGUGAACUGCGCAACAGUGGUGGCAGUGCUAGCUCCGGAACAGGAUCGACGGCCAGUGCUGGCGGUGGUGGAAUGCUUGGAACCGGAAGUGGCACACAAGGACUGCUCCCACCGGAAACCCUGCAGCAGGUUGAAGGCAUGCGGCAAGAGAUAACGCGCCUUAAAUGUGAUAAACUGGAUCUCCUUCGGCAGAAUGUGACCUGCCAACGUGACAUCAAGCGUUUACGUGAACGUGAGCUAUCGCUACAAGGUGACCUUGCUGCCGCCGGAAAGGAGAUCCUGCGAUUGCGUGAUCUUCUGAAGGAGUGCCUGCCGACCGCGGUUGCCGAUCCGAUCUAG